AUGAGUCGCGCCCUCGCGGCGUUGCAAAGACGCGGCCUGCUGUCUGCACUGACGCAUCCGGACGCCGGCCACUCCAUCGACAAGCUACUGGUGCAGCAUCAGCGCGCUCCAAACCCGCCCAGUGUCUACUGCGGCUUCGACCCGACAGCCGACUCGCUGCACCUGGGGAACCUGCUGCAAGCCAUUGCGCUGCGCCACUUCCAACGCGCGGGCGUGCGGCCCAUUUUACUGGUGGGAGGGGCUACGGGCAUGAUCGGCGACCCGAGCGGCAAGUCCGAGGCGCGCGUGUUGCUGUCAGACGAGACGGUACUGCAGAACACGCAGCAGCUUCUUGCAAAGGGGCUGUCGAAUGUACUGGACUUUGACGACGCACAGACGGGCGCGAUCGUGUGCAAUAAUGCCGAGUGGCACGACCGCGUGUCGGCAGUCACGUGGAUGCGCGACAUUGGACGUCACUUUCGAGUGAACGCCAUGCUGCAGCGCGACAGCGUCAAGAGACGGCUGGAGACGGACCAGGGCAUCAGUUUUCUCGAGUUCUCGUACCAGCUCUUCCAAGCACACGAUUUCCUGCAUCUGUAUCGGAACUACGGCUGUGUGGCACAGAUUGGAGGCAGUGAUCAAUGGGGCAACAUUGUCUCGGGCAUUGAGCUGGUUCGUAAGAGUACGGGCAAGGAAGUGUUUGGAGCGACGUUGGGACUGUUGACAACAGCUACGGGAGAGAAAUACGGCAAGUCUGCUGGCAAUGCGAUUUGGCUCAAUGCGGACAAGACGUCGGUUUUUGACUUUUACCAGUUUUUCCUCCGCUCGGACGACAGCAGUGUCCAGAAGCUGCUCCAGAGCUUCACGUUUCGAGAAAUGGAUGAGAUUCGCGACAUCGUGGCUGAGCACGAAAAGGCGCCUGAAAAGCGCGCUGCCCAGAAGGUGCUAGCAGGGGACAUCACUGCAAUGAUGCACGGUCAAGAAGGCCUGAAGGCUGCGCUAGAUGCCACGGAGGUACUUUUUGGAAAGAAAAGCGGUUGCUUAUCAGCGGACGAGAUGCUUCGUCUGGCUGGAGACGCGCCCUCGAUAGCUGUGUCUCGUGCAGAUGUGCUCAACCAAAGGGUCGUGGACCUUGCUGUACGAGUAGGUGCUGCUCAGUCGAAAGCCAUGUGUCGACGUCUGAUCAAAGGUGGCGGCGUUUACCUGAACAACGAGCGCGUCGACUCCGACGCUUUGCGCGUCGAGACGUCACAUCUUAUUGACGACAAGUUGUUGUUGGUCCGCAUCGGUCGAAGAAACAACUUUAUCGUCCAAGUGCAAUAG